AUUCCCCGCAUUUGUCGGAUCUGCUUUUACCCGCUGAUUUCGGCUGUAAGUUUUCCCAACACACUCUACAAGACUGCCGCAAAAUUCAUCCUUGGGCGCCAGACGUACGAUCGGUGGGUGUCACACGCAACCAACCAACCAAUUCAGCCUCACGCAUUUGCUGCUUACCAUUGAUAUUUAAAAGGGGGAUAUCCUGCUGUUUUCCCAAAGUCAUUUAUCCAUCUCCCUCCCUCAUCGCAUUACUCUUACUCUCUGUCUUCGCCCACAGCAGACCCAAACUUCUUCAUCCCACUCUCGAGUAAGUCAUCAAUCAUCAUGGCGACCAACGGCACAAACGGCACGAACGGCACAAAUGGCGCCCACAAGAACAACAACAACAGCAAAUACGAUCCUCUCUUCACACAGCACGUCAUUGAUUUGAUGAGCCCCGAGACCAAACCCAGACACAGACAAAUCCUGAGCUCGCUGAUAAGUCAUCUCCACGACUUUUGCCGCGACGUCGAACUCACGCAAGAUGAAUGGGUUAUCGGUGUCAAUUAUGUCAACUCCAUCGGCCAGGCCUGGAGAAAGAAUCGAAAUGAAGCCUGGAGAGUAUGCGAUGUCCUCGGUGUCGAAUCUCUGGUUGAUGAGAUUAACCACAAAAUCGCCACGGAAGAAGGCGUUGAGCCUACAUCUUCCACCAUUCUCGGCCCCUUCUGGUCCCCCGACACCCCAUUCCGCGACCUCGGCGCCAGCUGCGUCCUCAACAUGCCCGCCGACGGCCAACUAACGCUCUUCCACGGCGUGAUCACGGACGCCGAAACCGGCAAAGGGAUCUCGGACGCCGUCUUCGACAUGUGGCAAGCGAGCACCAACGGCAAAUACGACGUCUUCGACCCGGACAACCAAACCAAGAACAACCUCCGCGGCAAAUUCCGCACCGACCGCGACGGCAAGUUCUGGUUCUACUGCCUGAAGCCGACCGAGUACGCGAUCGACACGUCGGGGCCCUCGGGCGACCUGCUCAAGUUGAUGGGCCGACAUCCCAAUCGGCCCGCGCACAUCCAUAUGAUGGUCACGCACCCGGAAUACAUUGGCGUGACGGCGCAGCUGUAUCCGAGGGAUGAUCCGUGGUUGGAGACGGAUACCGUGUGUGCGGUGAAGGAGGACUUGCUUUUGGAUUUUAAGCCGGUGGAGAAUGAUCCGCAUGGGGCGACGCUGGAUGUCGAGUAUGAUGUGAGGUUGUUGUCGAAGAAGUAUAAGCCGGAUUCGACGAUGUUGAUGGGGAAUGCGAAUCAGGAUCAGUUUAAGUGAGGGUUGUGGGUUUGUGGGAAUAUUUGGAGUUUGGGGUUUGUGGGUGUAUAUAGCAUGAGAUUGCAAUGAUGAUAGUCGAAAAGAAUGAAC